UGACGAGUGAAGACCUACCAACCCGAAAACCUCUAUUUGUACAGAUGCAUGCACACCACGACUCCCUCCAUUUCUCCACCACCUGGUCUGCUCUGGCCAUCUCCCCUCACCUCUCCGGUUCUUCCCCUGAGAAAGCGAAGCGUGAGCGUGACGACCCAAACCCAUGGCGCCUUCCCGCCGCGGUCAACGCGCCGCCACCGGCCUCGCCGUCCUCCUCCUGCUCUACGCCAUCUCCGCAUGCUCGCUCCUCCCCGCCGCCCGCGCCCAGGCCACCGCCUUCACCAGCAUCCGCAACGGCAGCGAGUUCAGCACCUUCUCCUUCCCCUCCUUCGGCAACUCGCUGCGGCAGCUCCCCGGCAACCUCACCGUGCUGGGCAACGCCACCGUCAACGGGAACGCCCUGCAGAUCACGCCGGACACCAGAAACGACCCGGAGAAGUUCCUCAUCAACCAGACCGGCCGGGUCAUGUACCCCAGAGCCUACGUGCUCUGGGCCUCCAACGCGUCCAACACCAGCGCCGACGGCCGGCGCGUCGCCUCCUUCUCCACCGUGUUCAAGGUCAACCUCUUCCGCGCGACCCCGUCCGUCAAGGGCGAAGGGUUCGCGUUCCUCAUCGCGUCCGAUGGCGGCGCCCCACCGCCCCCCGGAAGCCACGGCGGCUACCUUGGCCUCACCAACGCGUCCACCGACGGUAGCGCCGCCAACGGGUUCGCCGCCGUGGAGCUGGACACGGUGAAGCAGUCCUACGACCCCGACGACAACCACGUCGGCCUCGACGUGAACGGCGUCCGGUCCAAGGUCGCCGCCUCCCUCACCCCCUUCGGCAUCGACCUCGCGACCAACAACACCAACGACGACGGCAGCCACAUGGUCUGGAUCGAGUACAACGGCACGGCGAGGCACGUGUGGGUGUACAUGGCCAAGAACGGCAGCAGGCCGGGCACUCCCGUGCUCGACGCGCCGCUGGACCUCUCGAAGGUCCUCCUCGGCAAGACGGCAUACUUCGGCUUCUCGGCGUCCACCGGCGUGCUGUACCAGCUCAACUGCUUGCACAGUUGGGACAUGACGGUGGAGCUUCUCCCCGACGGCAGCAGCCCCGGCAAGCAGCCGCUCUCCGGCUGGAAGCUCGGGCUGGCCAUCGGCGUGCCGUGCGCCUUCGCCCUGGCGCUCGGGCUGUUCGCCGGCCUGUACAUCAAGAAAAGGCGGGGGAGGAUCGGGGACGACUCGAGCUCGAUUGUCCGGAGCACCAUCAACUUCGCGAGCAUCCCCGGGGUGCCCAAGGAGUUCGACUACAAGGAGCUGAGGAAAGGGACGGGCAACUUCGACGAGAAGAUGAAGCUGGGGCAGGGCGGGUACGGCGUGGUGUACCGCGCCACCGUGGUCGGGGAGCACGGCCAGAGCAUGGAGGUCGCCGUGAAGCAGUUCUCCGGGGCCAACACCAAGGGGCAGGAGGACUUCCUCGCCGAGCUCAGCAUCAUCAACCUCCUCCGCCACCGCAAUCUCGUCAAGCUCCUCGGUUGGUGCCACCAGGAUGGCGUGCUGCUGCUGGUGUACGACUUCAUGCCCAACGGCAGCCUGGACAGGCUCCUCUUCGGCGGCGGGCCGGAGGCCCCGGUGCUCACCUGGGGGCACCGCUACAACAUCGUCGCCGGCGUGGCGUCCGCCCUCAACUACCUCCACCACGAGUACGACCAGCGGGUGAUCCACCGCGACAUCAAGCCGUCCAACAUCAUGCUGGACGCCGCCUUCAACGCGCGGCUCGGCGACUUCGGCCUCGCCCGCGCGCUCGAGACCGACAAGACCUCCUACACCGACAAGCUCGGCGUCCCCGGCACCCUGGGGUACAUCGCGCCGGAGUGCUUCCACACGGGCCGGGCCACGCGGGAGUCGGACGUCUUCGGCUUCGGCGCCGUCAUCCUGGAGAUCGUCUCCGGCCGCCGCAUCUCCUGCAGCAACGCCGCCGGGUGCAGCCAGCUGCUGGAGGGCGUGUGGCAGCUCCACGGCGCCGGCGGGGGCCGCAUCCUCGAGGCCGUCGACCGGCGGCUCGCGCCCGGGGAGUUCGACGAGGGCGACGCGGAGCGGCUGCUGCUGCUGGGCCUCGCGUGCAGCCACCCGAACCCCGGGGAGCGGCCGAGGGCGCGCGCCAUCGUGCAGAUCCUGGCGCGCUCCGCGCCGCCGCCGGACGUGCCGGUGUCCAAGCCGGCCUUCAUGUGGCCCGCGCUGCCGGUCGUGCUCGGGGACGACGACGGGGAGAUGCCGGUGUCCGGGACCAGCACGGCGCUGACCUCAUCGUCGUCGUACUACGCCUCGUCGGCGGGGUGGACGACGCAGAACUACCUCCUGACCAGGGAGCACGACGUGACGGACAGGGACAUGCCCACGGCGUGAGUUGACCGCCGGCGAGCCUGCCGGCCGCCGUGCCAGGACGUACGACUGAGUCAGUCAACGGCGAGCGGGAUCAAUAUCAACGAGGAAUCAGUCGAUCGUGUGUUCACGAUGGUGAGUUCUUGACACCGACGUGGCGAAUAAGAUGUAGAUAGUGAUCAGUGUGCAUGCCAAGUUGUGAUCAAGCUGUGUCUGGAUUGGGGAGCUAUAGCUUUUUAUUUCUGGAGUA